AUGAUCAGGACAAGACUAUCACAGGGCGUCUCAACCGCUAUCCGCAGCGCAGAGGUAUCACGGGUUUCCGCUCGACCUCUUGCCGGACCUUCCACCUCUUCGGUGGUUCGCUCCUUCUCGGCGAAGGCUACAUUUUCCGUCCGCGCACCUCGGAUCGCCGCUCUUGCUCCUCGUGUCGCUGCAGCUCGGUCGUACGCUUCGGAAGCCGGCGGCAAGUUCAGCCGAUCGAAGCCUCAUUUCAACAUCGGAACCAUCGGACACGUCGAUCACGGAAAGACUACAUUGACCGCCGCCAUCACAAAGCACUUGUCUGAGCAGGGCGGCGGAAAGUUCAUGGACUACAGUCAGAUCGACAAGGCGCCAGAAGAGAAGGCUCGAGGUAUCACCAUCAGUACCGCUCACGUCGAAUAUGAGACAAAGAACAGGCACUAUGCGCACAUCGAUUGUCCCGGUCACGCUGAUUACAUCAAGAACAUGAUCACAGGUGCCGCCCAGCUCGACGGCGCCAUCAUUGUCGUUUCCGCCACCGACGGUCAAAUGCCCCAGACCCGAGAACAUCUCCUUCUUGCCCGCCAGGUCGGCAUCAAGAAGCUCGUCGUAUUCAUCAACAAGGUGGACCAGGUGGAUGACCCAGAAAUGCUGGAGCUGGUCGAGAUGGAGAUGCGCGAGCUGUUGAGCACAUACGGUUACGAUGGGGAGGGAACGCCGAUUGUGAUGGGCUCGGCGCUGGCUGCGCUGGAGGGGAGGGACGACGAGCGGGGUGUCAAGAAGAUCGAGGAGUUGAUGGCUUCUGCGGAUUCGUGGUUGGAUGUUCCUCAGCGUGAUCUCGACAAACCAUUCUUGAUGUACGUUGAGGACGUCUUUUCGAUCUCGGGCCGAGGAACAGUAUGUACCGGAAAGGUGGAGCGGGGCACUAUCUUGAAGGGUGCGGAAGUCGAGAUCGUCGGUAUGGGACCGUCCAUCAAGACCACCCUGACUGGUAUCGAAAUGUUCCACAAGGAGCUCGAUCGCGGUGAGGCCGGAGAUAACAUGGGCGCCCUGCUGCGUGGUAUCAAGCGCGAGCAGAUCCGACGUGGUCAGGUCCUGGUCGCUCCUGGAACCAUCAAGAGCGCCAAGAAGUUCAAGGCUCAGAUCUAUAUCCUCACCAAAGACGAAGGCGGCCGAUACACCCCCUUCAUGUCCAACUACCGCCCUCAGCUUUUCAUCCGCACGACCGACGUCACUGUCGCACUCACCUUCCCUGAGGGUACCGAGGGCGCGCACGAGAAGCUCGUCAUGCCCGGAGACAACGUCGAGAUGAUGGGUGAAUUGGUACACGAUAUUGCGUUGGAGAAGGGAUCGCGGUUCACGCUGAGAGAGGGUGGGAAGACGAUCGGGACGGGGUUGGUUUCGGAGGUUUACGCCUAG